AUGUCAAGAAGACAAGUAGGUUCGACGAGGCGUGUAGGGGAUAGUGGAAGCUUUCCAUUUGUAGGAGCUUUGCAUUCGAAAUCGCGUUCGACUCCUCUAUUAUCUAUUUGCCUUGUUCUCGUGGGAGCAUGCCUUCUUAUUGGUUAUGCUUACAGUGGUCCAGGUAUGUUUAACAGUAUCAGAGAAGUCAGUAAGAUCACAGGUGACUAUUCUUGUACAUUGGAAGUCCAAAGAGCUAUUCCUGUUCUUAAGAAUGCAUAUGGAGAUAGCAUCCAUAAAGUCUUGCACGUAGGUCCUGAUACUUGCUCAGUGGUCUCGAGCCUGGUGAAAGAAGAAGAGACUGAAGCAUGGGGUGUUGAACCAUAUGAUGUAGAGGAUGCAGACUCUAACUGCAAAAGUCUUUUGCACAAAGGCAUUGUACGUGUGGCUGACAUCAAAUUCCCUCUGCCUUACCGGUCAAAGUCAUUUUCUCUUGUGAUCGUCUCAGAUGCUCUGGAUUACCUCUCACCCAAAUACCUGAACAAAACCGUGCCUGAACUUGCGCGGGUUGCUUCAGAUGGUGUUGUUCUUUUUGCAGGUAACCCUGGUCAACAAAAGGCUAAAGGUGCAGAAUUGUCGAAAUUUGGACGACCGGCGAAAAUGCGUAGCUCAUCGUGGUGGAUCCGAUUCUUCUCACAGGCGAAUUUAGAGGAAAACGAAGCAGCAAGCAAGAAAUUUGAACAAGCAGCUUCCAAGAUUUCAUACAAACCAGCUUGUCAGGUCUUCCACCUCAAGCCAUUACAUUAG